AUGGGUUACCAGCAUCGUUACUAGUAGGUUCUGAAGGAAGCCUGCUACCUGAACGGUGUAAAGCCUAUCACCAGACUGAUUCAUCAUCACAGUGACCUUAUAUAUUAAUUAAGCAUGGGGAAGAAGAUCAUUGAAGACAGCGCAGAGGAGCUCCCUCAGACUGAGGCUAAUAAGGUCAGGGAGAACAAGAUCAGUCGAUGCCCAAUGGCAAUACAUAUGAAGAACUUUCAGAGUGGUUCCAGCCACCAGGACACACUUUAUCACAGAGCUGUCAAGAAUCAGCUCUGUAAACCCAAAGUGUGUGAAGGCUCAAUUAUGAAUCCAAAAAGUUUGACCCGCAGCCCCCCUGUUGCCCCACUGGCCCCCAACGAGCUUCUUACUCAGGCCAUCGACUUCAUCAACCAGUACUACAAAUCCUUCAAAACGUCUAAAAUAGAGGAGCACUUGGCCCGUGUUGAUGAGGUGGCCCGAGAGAUUGAUGCCACAGGAACUUAUCAGCUCACCACGGAAGAACUGACCUUCGGGGCCAAACAGGCUUGGAGGAAUGCUCCAAGAUGCAUUGGCAGGAUUCAGUGGGCCAAUUUACAGCUAUUUGAUGCACGCAAAUGCAAAACUGCCAAGGAAAUGUUCCAGUUCCUGUGUUCUCACAUGAAGUUUGCCACAAAUGGAGGCAAUUUAAGAUCAGCCAUCACUGUGUUUCCACAAAGAACUGAUGGAGAGCAUGAUUUCCGUGUCUGGAACAGUCAGCUCAUCAGAUAUGCUGGCUAUCAGAUGGAAGAUGGCAGUGUGAUAGGGGAUCCUGCCAAUGUGGAAUUCACAGAGCUUUGUGUCCAGCUUGGAUGGACACCAAAGUAUGGCCUCUUUGAUGUGCUGCCACUCAUCCUGCAGGCUAAUGGAGAGGAUCCAGAGCUAUUUGAGGUUCCUCCUGAGUUGAUUCUAGAGGUUCAGAUGGAGCAUCCUCAGUAUGAGUGGUUCAAAGAUCUGAACCUCAGGUGGUAUGCCCUGCCUGCUGUGGCCAACAUGUUACUGGAGAUUGGUGGUCUUGAGUUUACAGCAUGCCCCUUCAAUGGCUGGUACAUGGGCACUGAGAUCGGCGUGAGGGACUUCUGUGACCCACAGCGCUACAACAUCCUGGAGAAAGUUGGUCGACAUAUGGGCUUGGAGACACACAAGCUGUCUUCCCUGUGGAAGGAUGAGGCUCUGGUUGCCAUCAAUGUUGCUGUGAUUCACAGUUUCCAGAAAAACAAGGUGACCAUCACUGACCACCACUCUGCGGCUGAGUCCUUCAUUAAGCACAUGGAAACUGAAGUGCGUCUGCGUGGGGGCUGUCCCGCUGACUGGGUCUGGCUGGUGCCCCCAAUGUCUGGCUCUCUGACCCCAGUGUUCCACCAGGAGAUGAUCAGCUACAUCCUCUCCCCAUUCUUCUACUACCAGAGUGAUCCCUGGUUAACAUACGUCUGGAAGGAUAAGGAGAAAGGACUGAAGAAGCGAAAAAGAAUCAGCUUCAAAGCACUGACAAAGGCUGUGGUCUUCUCACAAAUACUCAUGCUAAAGGCUUUGGGGAACAGAGUGCCUUGCACCAUUCUUUAUGCCACAGAAACAGGAAAAUCACAGACUUUUGCCAAGAAGCUGAAGUCAGUGCUCAGCUGCGCCUUCAACCCCAGGCUACUCUGCAUGGAGGACUACAAUUUCAGAGAGCUUGAGAAAGAGCAUCUCCUGAUGGUGGUGACCAGCACCUUUGGCAAUGGAGAAUCACCAGGGAAUGGAGAGACUUUCCAGAAGCAGCUCAUGAGCAUGAAAACCCUCCAAAAUAGCAUCAGGUACUGCGUUUUCGGUCUGGGUUCUCGAAUGUACCCGCAGUUUUGUGCAUUUGCCCAUGCUGUGGAUGACAAGUUUGCAGAGCUGGGAGCCAAGCGUGUGACCUCCAUAGGAGAAGGAGAUGAGCUGAAUGGGCAGGAAGAGGCUUUCUCUGCCUGGGCUUGCACUGCGUUUAAGGCUGCAUGUAAGGAGUUUGGCAUUGAGGGUCAGCUAUCAGGUGCUGAGCAUCUAACAGACAACUGGGACCCUCAGAAGCACAGAGUUCAGCCUGACAGCUCAAACCUAGACAGCAUCUCAGCUCUAUCAGCACUGCACUCUAAGACUGUGUUCUCCAUGAAACUGAAGAGGAGGAAGAACCUCCAGUGUCCUCAGUCAAGACGCUCUACUAUCCUGGUAGAGCUGGAGGUUGAUGGAGGAAAGGAAGUUCUGAAUUACGCUCCAGGAGACCAUGUGGGCGUUUUCCCAGGGAAUUCACCUGAGCUGGUUACUGGCAUUUUGAAGCACCUCCCCAAUGCCCCUCCCACCAAUCAGAGCCUCCGCCUUGAGCACCUCCAUGACUCGUCUGGUGGUGCAGGAUGGCAGAUCAAUGAUCGUAUCCCAGCAUGCUCGCUGACCCAGGCUCUUACAUACCUCCUGGAUAUCACCACUCCACCAUCCCAAGGCUUCCUGCGCAAACUCUCACAAAUAACCAAGAAGGAAGACGACCGACAACGCCUGCUGGCUUUAGCUUCGGACUUCAAGAGUUACUCAGAAUGGAAAGAAUUCCGUAGGCCCAACUUCCUGGAUGUUCUGGAGGAGUUCCCUUCCUUGGAGGUCUCUCCAGCCUUCCUCCUCACUCAGCUGCCUCUGCUGAAGCCCCGCCUCUACUCUGUCAGCUCCUCCCCUGACCUCCACCCACAUGAGCUCCACCUUACUGUGUCUGUGGUCAACUACCACACCCAGGAUGGAAAGGGCCCUCUGCAUCAUGGUGUCUGCAGCACGUGGCUCAACAUCCUCAAAGAAGGACAGACGGUUCCCUGUUUUAUUCAUGGGUCCAGUGGGUUCCACCUUCCACCAGACCCCACCACUCCUACUAUCCUAAUCGGAGCUGGCAGUGGCAUUGCCCCCUUCCGCAGCUUCUGGCAGCAGCGCUUCCAUGACAUGAAAAAGACAGGUCUGAAAGAGAGUCCAAUGAUGCUGGUGUUUGGCUGUCGUGAUGCAGACACAGAUCAUCUGUAUAAGGAGGAGACUUAUGACAUGAGAGAAAAUGGCACUCUGAAGAGCAUCACUCCAGCGUACUCUCGCCAGUCUGGUCACCCCAAGGUAUAUGUUCAAGAUGUCCUGAAGAAGCAGCUCAGUGAGGAGGUUUGGCAGGCCCUGCAGAACGCCGGUCAUGUGUAUGUGUGUGGGGGCAUGAACAUGGCCCGGGACGUAGCACACACCAUACAGGAGAUCGUGGUCAGUCAGCUGGGCAUAACUUUGGCAGAGGCUGGAGAAUAUCUGGAACAACUCAAGGCUGAGAAGAGGUACCACGAGGACAUCUUUGGAGCAUAGAUCUGCUAUCAGUCAGAUUA